UGUCUAUAUUAAAGAUCAAUAUGUGUGGGACACAACCACUCAAGCAUUGGAAUACUUUUGGCAAAAUUCCACAACUAAUGAAUUAGUAGACUUGGUGUGGGACACAACCCCACUCAAGCAUUGGAAUACCUUUGGCAAAAUUCCACAACUAAUUAGUAGACUUGGUGUUAGACUUGGAAGCAAAAUUCCACAACUAAUUAAUUAGUAGACUUGGAAUGUUAUUCAUAUAUACAUACACUGCACACGACAAAGAUCACAAGUCUAAAAACAAUGGCGAAAUCCAUCAAUAGUAUCUUUUCUUUCUUGAUCAUCUUCUCUUGUCUUGCCUUGCACACUCCAUCAACAUUCUCCAGCAAUAACCAAACAGAUUUGCUUUCAUUGUUGGCCAUGAGAAAAGCCAUAGAUGUCGAUCCAAACGGAGCUCUAAACUCGUGGAAUCAAACGACAAAUUUCUGCAGAUGGAAUGGAAUCACAUGCGGCCGCAGGCACCCGGAUAGAGUUGUUGCCAUAAAUUUGGGUUCUGAAGGCUUGAUAGGAUCACUUUCACCUCAUAUAGGUAAUCUAUCGUUCCUUCGAAUCAUCAGUCUUGGAAACAAUAGCUUCAAUGGCCGAAUUCCCCAAGAAAUCGGUCUUUUAAGACGACUUGAGUAUAUUGAGUUUUCGAACAAUUCUUUCUUGGGAUCAAUACCCAAAAAUAUGUCCCAAUGCAAAAGUCUAGUUUAUCUCAACUUGAUCAACAACAAUCUGUCCGGAAACAUACCACCAGAGAUCGGCUUAUUGUACAAUCUCCAGUCUUUAUACUUGGGGAAAAACACAUUUUCAGGGCAUAUCCCUCAAACUAUAGGAAACCUAACAUCUCUCGGAGCAAUUUCGUUAAGGUUGUGUGGCUUGAUAGGAGAAAUUCCCGAAUCAUUCUCUCGGUUUCGAAGACUAAGUUUUCUUCAAUUAGCUCAAAACAACCUAAUUGGCACAAUUCCUCCAAGUCUAUUCAAUAUAUCCAGUAUCGUCUUUUUUGGAGUCGACAUCAAUCGACUUCAAGGAUCAAUACCCUCCAAUGUAGGCCUCACUCUACCUAAUAUGAGGGGUCUACACUUGGGUGAGAAUCAAUUUAGUGGCCAUAUCCCAAUUUCACUCUCAAAUGCUUCCUCACUUGUAGAGUUACUGCUAGCAGAUAAUCAUUUUAGUGGGCCAAUUCCAAGGUUCGGAGAGCUUUCAAAUCUUCGUUACUUGUUCGUCGCCGGAAACAUUAUUGAAGACGAUAUUAGUUUUGUUUCGUCACUUACGAAUUGCACGAAUAUACAAGGUAUCGAUGUAGGUGAUAACCCAUUCGUUAUUGGUUCAAUUACGAACACAAUUGCCAAUUUUUCCAGCCACCUUGAGAAACUAGGAAUUUAUUUUACUCAAAUAGUCGGAAAGAUUCCUUCGGAAAUCGGGAGCCUUGUUGGUCUCAAGCACUUGAGACUUUCCAAUAACAAUCUUGAAGUUCCUAUUCCUUUGAGCAUUGGUAGACUUUUUAAUUUGCAUAUUCUUGAAUUGGGAGGCAACAGAUUAACGAGUCAUAUACCGCCCGUAUUUGGAAACUUAACUUUGUUGUACUCUCUAUCCUUGGAAAGAAACAACUUCUCGGGAACUAUUCCCAAGAGUCUUGCUAAUUGCACAAACAUGCAAAUGUUAGAUCUUUCCAUAAACAACUUCGAUGGCCCCAUACCCCAAGAGAUUCUUAUUUCCACCGUUUGUAUUUUAUUGGAUCUAUCUCACAAUGCAUUAACAAACUCCAUCCCACUUGAAUUUGGAUCCUUGAGAAAUCUUGAAGUGUUAGAUUUAUCUAAUAACAAAUUGUCUGGACUUAUUCCGCGCUCUUUAGGGACGUGCGUUAGCUUAGAAGGAGUUUACCUAUAUGAUAAUUUGUUUGAAGGGCAAAUACCUAAUGAACUAAGUUCUUUGAUGGGCUUAACAGAUUUGGAUCUUUCGCGAAAUAAUUUGUCCGGAAGUAUCCCAAGUUUCCUCGGUGACUUAGAUCUCCAAAACUUGAAUCUAUCUUUUAAUAGCUUUCAAGGACGAGUGCCGACUACUGGAGUGUUCAAAAAUACGAGCACAAUUUCUCUGGAAGGAAACAAUGAAUUGUGUGGAGGAAUUCUUGAGUUAGACCUUCCUCCUUGCACUUCAUCUUCAGUUUCAUCAAAGAAGAAAAACUUAUCAACUCCUCUCAAAAUUGGGAUCCCAGUAGCAGGAGUUGCAGCAAUUCUAUGCUUCGUCCUUUUUAUUUACAAGAGGAGAACACCGGACAAAAAUAUGCCUUGUGUACCUUCAUUCACCGGGAUCCCUUUCUUGAGGCUUUCGUACGCGGAUCUUCUAAAAGCAACGAGUGGGUUUGCCGAGAAUAACUUAGUUGGUUUUGGAAGAUUUGGAUCUGUAUAUAGAGGCAUUCUCGAAGACGGGCCGACAAUUAUAGCUGUGAAAGUGCUGAAUCUUGUGGUGAAAGGGGCAUCUAAGAGCUUCAUGGCGGAAUGCAAUGCACUUAGAAACAUUAGACACAGAAAUCUCGUGAAAAUACUAAGUGUUUGUGAAAGCAUAGACUUUCAGGGAAACGAUUUCAAAGCAUUGGUCUAUGAAUUUAAGGCUAAAGGGAGUUUAGAUAAAUGGUUGUACUACAUUAAUAGUGAACAAGAAGAAGGAGAAGGUAGAAAUCUUGAUGUGAUUGAGAGGCUCGGUAUUGCCAUUGACGUUGCUCAUGCACUUGAAUAUCUUCAUUGUGGGACCGAUUCAAUAAUAAUUCAUGGUGAUUUGAAGCCGAGUAACAUUCUUUUGGAUGAAGAUAUGACGGCUUGCGUUGGUGAUUUUGGGUUAUCGAAGAUUACUUCAAGCAUACCCGAAAGCAGCAGCACAAUCGGAAUCCGGGGUACAUUUGGAUAUGUUCCACCAGAAUAUGGCAUGAGUAACUCGGUCUCAACAAAAGGGGAUGUAUACAGCUACGGUAUUCUCGUCAUGGAGAUGUUCACGAAUAGAAGACCAACCGAUGAUUCGCUUAGUGAAAAUGGUAAUCUUCACAAUUUCGUUAACGCUGCUUUGCCUAAUCGUGUAAUGGAAAUUGUGGAUCCUUUCAUUCGAAUGGGGCCGCACAUGAUCGAUAACAGUAAUCUCGAAGAUUGCAUGUGUUCUAUCAUGAGAAUCGGAGUGUCGUGCUCGAAGGAAUUGCCGAGAGAAAGGAUGUUGAUGUCUGAUGUUGUUAGGGAAUUGCAUAGGAUUCAAAAAGAAUUGUCUUAGCUGAAAACAGAGUUCGGGACCCCUGCUUUUCCUUGUGUUUUCGUAUUUUAUUAAAGGAGUAAUUUGUAUCUA